CCUCGCCCUUACCGCAACUACCGCCAUGGAAUCUCGUCUUGCUCACCGUAAGAACGACUACAAAAACAAGGGUGGCCUCAAGGCCGACGACCUGCGCCGCCGGCGCGAGGAGCAGCAGGUCGAGAUCAGAAGGCAAAAGCGCGAGGAGAACAUCUCCAAGAGGCGGAACUUCCUCCCCACGACCGAUGCUGACAGUGACGAUGAAGAGUCUGCAGCUGCAUGGGGAGAGUCGCCUCUCGCUGAGGACAUGAUUCGCGACGUUUUCUCUGACGAUCCCGAGCGCCAGCUCGAUGCCACGACCAAAUUUCGCAAGCUGCUCUCGAAAGAGAAGAACCCUCCGAUUGAACGCGUCAUUGAGUGUGGUGUUGUUCCCCGUUUCGUCGAAUUUCUUCAUGGCGACAACCCGAUGCUUCAGUUCGAGGCUGCAUGGGCGCUCACAAAUAUCGCGUCUGGCACAGCGGAUCACACUCAGACUGUCAUUGGCGCAAGUGCUGUCCCUGAGUUUAUCAAGCUCCUCUCUUCCUCUGUCAACGAUGUCCGAGAGCAGGCCGUUUGGGCUCUUGGAAACAUCGCCGGCGACAGCCCGCAAUGUCGGGAUUAUGUUCUGCAACAGGGCGCCCUUCGUCCCCUCUUAUCUCUUCUGAGCGAAAACCACAAGCUUAGCAUGCUCCGGAAUGCUACUUGGACAUUAAGCAACUUCUGCAGGGGCAAAUCUCCUCAGCCGGAUUGGGAUUUGAUUUCGCCCGCUCUCACUGUUCUCACCAAGCUCAUCUACUCACUCGAUGACGAAAUUUUGAUCGACGCGUGCUGGGCGAUCUCAUACCUUUCUGACGGUUCUAAUGACAAGAUUCAAGCCGUUAUCGAGUCCGGCGUCUGCAGGCGACUUGUCGAUUUGCUCAUGCACCCCUCCACUACUGUUCAAACCCCCGCUCUCCGUUCUGUUGGCAACAUUGUAACCGGUGACGAUAUGCAGACUCAAGUCGUCAUCGCGUCGGGCGCUCUUCCCGCUCUCCUCUCCCUUCUCUCCUCCCCUAAGGAGGGCAUCAGGAAGGAGGCUUGCUGGACAAUCUCGAACAUCACCGCAGGCUCUCCCCCUCAAAUUCAAGCCGUCAUUGACGCGAACAUUAUUCCACCACUCAUCAACAUCCUCCAGAAUGCCGACUUCAAGACCCGUAAGGAGGCAUGCUGGGCUAUCUCGAAUGCGACCUCCGGUGGUCUUCAGGAGCCUUCCAUUAUCCGCUACCUUGUUUCCCAAGGGUGCAUUAAGCCUCUCUGUGAUCUGUUGACCAUGAUGGACAACAAGAUUAUCCAGGUCGCACUUGACGGCCUGGACAACAUCCUCAAGGUUGGCGAGGUAGAUAAGCAAGCCGCGGGUCCGGGUGCCGCCAACCAAUACGCCGUCUUCGUCGAAGAAGCUGGUGGUAUGCUCACUAUCCACAACCUUCAGCAGCACGACAAUCUGGAUAUAUACAAGAAGGCGUUCAACAUCAUGGACAAGUACUUCCCCGAUGACGAGGACGUCGAUGCUGCUAUCAGCGCACCCAGCGUCGAUGCUUCCGGUGCCUUCGCAUUCAAUCAAGACGGUGCCGCUCCCCCACCAGGUGGAUUCAGCUUUGGGCAGUAAUCGGGUUUUGGUUGCUUCUCCCCGUCACCAUCCUGUACUUGUUAUUUUCUCCAUCAUCUCUCCCGAUGAGCCACUGUGUAAUCCAUCGUCAUUGUCGUACAUAAAUCGUUUUCGCCUCGAAUGCACUUAUAUCGCAUGUACCUGAUAGAAUUUGGCCCCCCUGACCUAGCCAGGGGGUAAGUAUUAUCGCGCGAGAGGCAGAAAGCCUCAAGGUGAUCCAGAAUUGAUUGUUAGGCCUAGCUAUCUGGGCCGUUGCUACCGGGGAUCAACAUGCAAAUGUUGUUCCCGUUGAGUAGAGUCUGGUUGAGAUGGGUCUUCUUAUGGCCUUGCGGAGUAGUCUCGUACUCUGUAACAUCUUCCAGCACCAUGUUGACGAAAUCGUCGAAACCUAGUAGCGUGCCGGUGAACUCGCGAUCACCCUUCAUAAUGACCCAGAUGCGCGAGCCAAUACAUCUAUCGAUCAGCUCUAGAGGGAGAAUCUGGGACGCC